CCCCUGUCCACUUCAUCAAGUCCUGAAAUAUCAAAAUGGAUUUAGAGAAAAAUUACCCGACUCCUCGGACCAUCAGGACAGGACAUGGAGGAGUGAAUCAGCUUGGGGGGGUUUUUGUGAAUGGACGGCCACUCCCAGAUGUAGUCCGCCAAAGGAUAGUGGAACUUGCCCAUCAAGGUGUCAGGCCCUGCGACAUCUCCAGGCAGCUCCGGGUCAGCCAUGGUUGUGUCAGCAAAAUUCUUGGCAGGUAUUACGAGACAGGAAGCAUCAAGCCGGGGGUGAUUGGAGGAUCCAAACCAAAGGUUGCCACUCCCAAAGUGGUGGAAAAAAUUGCUGAGUAUAAACGCCAAAAUCCCACCAUGUUUGCCUGGGAGAUCAGAGACCGGCUGUUGGCAGAGCGAGUGUGUGACAACGACACAGUCCCCAGUGUCAGCUCCAUCAACAGGAUCAUCCGGACAAAAGUACAGCAGCCCCCCAACCAGCCGGUCCCAGCUUCCAGUCACAGCAUAGUGUCUACAGGCUCCGUGACGCAGGGGUCAUCAGUGAGCACCGACUCUGCAGGCUCCUCGUACUCCAUCAGUGGCAUCCUGGGCAUCACGUCCCCCAGUGCCGACACCAACAAGCGCAAGAGGGAUGAAGGUAUCCAGGAGUCUCCAGUGCCAAACGGCCACUCACUUCCAGGCAGAGACUUCCUCCGGAAGCAGAUGCGGGGAGAUCUGUUCACACAACAGCAGCUGGAGGUGCUGGACCGCGUGUUUGAGAGGCAGCACUACGCAGACAUCUUCACCACCACGGAGCCCAUCAAGCCGGAGCAGACCACGGAGUAUUCGGCCAUGGCCUCGCUGGCUGGAGGCCUGGAUGACAUGAAAGCCAACUUGACAAGCCCCACCCCUGCUGACAUCGGGAGCAGUGUUCCAGGUCCGCAGUCCUACCCCAUUGUCACAGGCCGCGACUUGGCAAGCACGACCCUCCCUGGGUACCCUCCGCACGUCCCCCCCGCUGGACAGGGCAGCUACUCUGCACCGACGCUGACAGGGAUGGUGCCUGGGAGUGAAUUUUCCGGGAGUCCCUACAGCCACCCUCAGUAUUCCUCCUACAACGAUUCCUGGAGGUUUCCCAACCCAGGGCUGCUUGGCUCCCCAUACUAUUACAGCGCCGCAGCCCGGGGAGCCGCCCCACCUGCCGCAGCCACCGCCUAUGACCGUCACUGA